AUGACACAGCCAUCAUCUGACCUGCUUCGUCACCAUCCGGAGUCGAAAGAUGUUGGGAGUUCCCAGGGAGUGGCGUUGGCCUUGACCACACCUCCGGCUCGCGAUCGCACAUUCUGGUUCCCCUCUGCAUCCUCUGCUGAAAGAUUCUGCUCCUGCUUCGGCCAGAAAAGCGGUUGGAUUACAAGACGGGCGCGGGAUGCAUGUGGAUUCGCAGCAGAAGCAGUGCAUUACCACUGUAAGUACCACUGUAAGUACCACUGUAAGUACCACCGUAAGUACCACCGUAAGUACCACCGUAAGUACCACCGUAAGUACCCCUGUAAGUACCACCGUAAGUACCACCGUAAGUACCACCGUAAGUACCACCGUAAGUACCACCGUAAGUACCACCGUAAGUACCACCGUAAGUACCACUGUAAGUACCUAGAAUACCACCGUAAGUACCACCGUAAGUACCACCGUAAGUACCACCGUAAGUACCACCGUAAGUACCACCGUAAGUACCACCGUAAGUACCACCGUAAGUACCCCUGUAAGUACCACCGUAAGUACCACCGUAAGUACCACCGUAAGUACCACCGUAAGUACCACCGUAAGUACCACUGUAAGUACCUAGAAGUACCACUCUCCAGUCUCCCUUUCGCACUCUUUCAUAAUGACACCACCCCUCCAGGCGUCAACAAGGCGGGAGACAAAGCACCCGUGUAUUUGGGGUAA